AUGUUCAACAUGUCAAUUCAUGUUGAAUCUUGCAUGAAUGCAGAGGAUUUGAUUGACUUUGAAGCAACACACUCACUGAGAUUUCCUGCAGAUUAUCGCUUGUACUUGCUAAAGGUCGGCAACGGCGUUGGUAUAGGGGGAGCUGCUUGUAGGGAAGGCAUCCUGCAAUUUGGAAAGACACCAUUUGCAUAUCCUCUUGGGUUUUCUGAUCUAUUGAAAGUGCUCCACAAGCCAUUUCCCUACGACGAUGUCAAGAUAAUGACUGAUGAUCAGGAUGCAAGAACAUUCAAUCGAAGCGACGUGAUGUACAGCCAUGACAUGAGCAGCCGUUAUGACCAGGAAGCAGCCUUGUUAAUGAGGUUGGUACAAGCAAGACACCGAAACAUUGGAGGAUACAUUACGCUGGGUACAUCACUCAACUCGCAUGACCACUUUUGGAUACUGAUAUGCGAGGGAAGCUGUCGAGGAGAGGUUUGGAUUGUCACAUGGCAUGGUAAUUUCUAUCCGUGCACUCCUCGAAUGACAUUUAAAGAUUGGCUGAUUGAUUGGAUUGACUACGGUGGUUAUAAAUCAGAGAGAAGCUUGAUCAACACACACGGUUAUCCCAAUUCAUCGACUGUACUCAGCAAUGAAGAUAGUCUGGAUGAAGAACAGCAAGAAGAGGUCCAGGAAGUGGAAGAGCCAGUAUAUCGUCCUAGCUUGUGGGGAAGGCGCGGUGCAACUGUAUUUUUACGAUCAAUGCGAUAG